GUCAGUUAAUGAAAUCAGAAAAAAGACUUUAUUGUGGAAAUAUGCUUUCAUUUCAUCUUUUAUCAUGAUUGACAUAAAUACUUCUCGUGUAGUUCACAUUGUCCCUUUUUUAAGGGAGGAAAUAACUAAAUUGAUCAGUAAAAUAUGAAAUUGUCCUGGAUUUCCCCAAACCAGAGCAAACUAAAAAUGAUUUGACCAGCUAGGGCUGUGGGAGUCUGUGAAGCUCACAUUGUUUGUGUGCUGGUGGAGGGCCUCAUUAGGGGGCAAAUUUGCUUUUUGUGUUUGCCACUAAUGAUUACACUUACAGGAACUUGCUUGUUUGGAUUGUCUCCUUUAAGUAGCCAGUCUUACACAGUUGAGGCCAUUAAUUAUUUUUCCUGGUCUCUGGGUGUUUUUUCUUUUUUUGUCCUUUUGAGUUUUUAAGUAUAUAAAGCGGAGGAUAUGGCUUCUGAGAUACUGCCUAGUUAGGGUUCGGCAUUGUGCCUGGAUUUGUUGGGCCUCUCGGGGCCCGAGUUCUCUGUGUGCUUUAACAAAUGAGCUACAGUUCUCAAGAGAUCAGUGGAGCUUGUUUGUUGAUCCUGUAUUCUCCUCCAAAGGAAGUAGAUCUUUGAGAAUGUCUAAGGAAGGGGUGUUUGUGAAUCGAAGUUUAGCCAUGGAAAAGAUAAAGUGUUUUGGUUUUGAUAUGGAUUACACUCUUGCUGUGUACAAGUCCCCGGAGUAUGAGUCUCUUGGAUUUGAGCUUACUGUGGAGAGACUAGUUUCUAUUGGCUAUCCCCAGGAGCUGCUCAGCUUUGCUUAUGAUUCUACAUUCCCUACCAGGGGACUUGUCUUUGACACAUUGUAUGGAAAUCUCUUGAAAGUUGAUGCCUAUGGAAACCUCCUGGUCUGUGCCCAUGGAUUUAACUUUAUAAGGGGACCAGAAACUAGAGAGCAGUAUCCAAAUAAAUUUAUCCAACGAGAUGACACUGAAAGAUUUUACAUUCUGAACACACUAUUCAAUCUACCAGAGACCUACCUGUUGGCCUGCCUAGUAGAUUUUUUUACUAAUUGUCCCAGAUACACCAGCUGUGAAACAGGAUUUAAAGAUGGGGAUCUUUUCAUGUCCUAUCGGAGUAUGUUCCAGGAUGUGAGGGAUGCUGUUGACUGGGUUCAUUAUAAGGGAUCCCUUAAGGAGAAGACGGUUGAAAAUCUUGAGAAGUAUGUAGUCAAAGAUGGAAAACUGCCUUUGCUUCUGAGCCGAAUGAAGGAAGUAGGGAAAGUAUUUCUUGCCACAAACAGCGACUAUAAGUACACGGAUAAAAUUAUGACAUACCUGUUUGACUUCCCACAUGGCCCCAAGCCCGGGAGCUCCCAUCGACCAUGGCAAUCCUACUUUGACCUCAUCUUGGUGGAUGCACGGAAGCCACUCUUCUUCGGGGAAGGCACAGUCCUGCGUCAGGUGGACACUAAGACUGGCAAGCUGAAAAUCGGCACCUACACAGGCCCCCUGCAGCAUGGCAUUGUCUACUCUGGAGGAUCAUCUGAUACAAUAUGUGACCUGUUGGGAGCCAAAGGCAAGGACAUUUUAUACAUUGGAGAUCACAUCUUUGGAGACAUUCUAAAAUCAAAGAAACGGCAAGGCUGGCGAACUUUCUUGGUGAUUCCUGAACUUGCUCAAGAGCUGCAUGUCUGGACUGAUAAAAGUUCACUUUUUGAAGAGCUUCAGAGUUUGGAUAUUUUCUUGGCUGAACUUUACAAGCACCUUGACAGCAGUAGCAAUGAGCGCCCAGACAUUAGCUCCAUCCAGAGACGGAUUAAGAAAGUAACUCAUGACAUGGAUAUGUGCUAUGGGAUGAUGGGAAGCCUGUUUCGCAGUGGCUCCAGGCAGACACUCUUUGCCAGUCAAGUGAUGCGUUACGCUGAUCUCUAUGCAGCGUCUUUCAUCAACCUGCUGUAUUACCCAUUCAGCUACCUCUUCAGAGCUGCCCAUGUCUUGAUGCCUCACGAAUCAACCGUGGAGCACACACACGUGGAUAUCAAUGAGAUGGAAUCUCCCCUUGCCACCCGGAACCGUACAUCAGUGGAUUUCAAAGAUACCGACUACAAGCGGCACCAGUUGACACGGUCAAUCAGUGAGAUUAAACCCCCCAACCUCUUCCCACUGGCUCCCCAGGAAAUUACACACUGCCAUGAUGAAGAUGAUGAUGAAGAGGAGGAGGAAGAGGAGGAAGAGUAGGAAAGAACACCCAAACUCUGAGCACCCGUUGAUCAAGAUCUGGCAGGACUCACAGGAGCACAGGCUGUCCCUGUCUGGGUCCUACUGGGGAGGAGGGGGGCUCCAUCAGAGGUACGUCAGCAAGUUUCUGAAGACUUGAGUGUUCUAGCCUGAGAGCUGCUUGGUUUAGCUUUGUGUAUCUGUGCGCUGCAGAUAAUUCACAGUUGUAAUGGAGUCUGUAUAGGAAGAAAGUAAGGGUAAAAGGCUGGACUGCAUGCACAUGGCUUCACUGUGGCUUGUGGCACUGUUUCCUUGUCUUUUUUCAUCACUAGUGUACCUGCAUACAUUAAGGGUAGAGGGUCUCAGAGUGGACACAAGAGGAUGCUGUCCUGUUAAAAGCUGUGUUCUUCCCAAACCCCACUGUUCAGUGCAUUUCGCAGUAUUGUGUACCAGUGGAGAAAUACACUGUUUCCAUUAUGAAAUGUCUCCUUUUAUAAGCCUCUAAGUGUCCUCAGCAGCUCUGGCAAUGCUGCUGUUAUUAAUGGCUUUGCAGAAAUAUUCUCUGCUUGCUUUAGGGCUGGUCUGGAAUGGAGGACAGAUACUCUGAGGCCAAAGUCCUCAUCCUUUCCGUAAUUUUUAGGUUGGUGGAACAAAUGCUUAAUUAUCAAUAAAUCUAUAGGAAAACUUUGGCUGAAAGAGGAGCAAACCCAAGAACCUUCUUAUCUCACAGUGGAGUAUUCCACGCUCUUGUGGGCUACAAAGCUGUGGCUCCAACCACCAACCCAGAGUGCCCUGUCCUGUAAAGCUAAGCACUAGAGGACAGGGCAAAGGCUCUGCAAGCCAGACCCUUACUAGAGCCGGCACAAUCAGUGUGAGUAAAUUCACUUCCAGAUCCCGAGUGAAAUCACUUCUUGUUCUGAACAAGAAUGAAUCAUUACUGAAUGUGAUACAGAACUGCCUCACCAGUACAGUGAAAAUUGUUCCAAUAUUUUUAACAGUGGUGUAACUCUUCCUUUGACCUUUAUAUAUUUUUUCCAUUCUUGUUAUUAGCAAGGGAGGGUAGACUAGCUGCUCUAGAAUUCAAUAAAGAAAAAUGUUUCUACUGCC